CGCUCAUUUAUUACGGAAAGCUUCUGCCAUUGUUACACAGCAGCCUCAUUAACCUUAGGUCGUUCCCCUACCAUGGUCCACGCACCACCAAUUUUUUGCCUGUUUUGCUGAUGCCGCCAUACAAAAACACUGCCAAUUUCCAUACUGUACCCUUUGAGUAGCGCCAUACCAACCUAGAACAUGGCUAGUGCGGACCCCCUCCAGCUAUUCCUCAUCCUUGACUCGUCGGCGUUUGUGCGCGGCAUCGGCAACAUUAAGCGCUGGAUCGGCGACUUCAACGUGGUGGUGUUCAUCCCAGCAUACACUUUACACGAGCUCGACUACGUUAAGAAGGGGAUCUCCAUGCUUGCUACCAAUGCGCGUGAAAGCAUCCGCUACAUCGAUAAGGCCACGUCCUGUGACUUUGACACGGUACCUUUGCGCGUGUUCAUCGAAGGGCCGGACGAGGCAGGCCCCAAGUGGCCCAAGUGUAUGAAGUACAAGGUCCAUGCGCCGCUCAUUCGGGAGUUUCCGAAUCAGAAGACCACGUUUGACUCGAACUUAAUCGGUCACAACAUGAACAACCACGCUGUUAACCUGGCCCACUAUUCAAACGAUAUCGAGUACGAGGGCGAUUCGCUCGCUGGGCAGCCCAAGCCACGUAACACCGCCAACCACAAGGCGGAGAUGCCCACCCGCUUGCGCUACUUGAUAAGAUCGUGUAUUCAGAAGGUGCACAUCGACAGACAGAACAACUGGAAGUUGGUCACCGAGGACCCCAUCACCUCCAUCUGGUGCCAGAGCUUUGGCAUAGACUGUCUCAGCAUCAACCAGGCGGAGCAUGACAUUUUUGCUGCGCAAGGUUUGAGCGCGGCGAAUCUGUACGUGCCGAAGCCACAGAACAGGCUUGGGGGUGGCUACUCCAUCUCUCCGUUGGUUGAGGAUGACCGUACGAAGAGUGACAAGGUCAAGAAGGAGAAGUUUAACGCCAUGUCCUAUGCUCCACGCGGCGUUGGCAAAUUGUGGACCCCAUAGAAUGAUUCUCUAGAUCUGAAUUUAGCUCAGUAUAUGCGAUAUUUUCUAUGUGGUGAUGCUCUGCAUUUGUUGCAAUGAUCUGGAUCGUUUCCUCCGCCAAACGUUUGGCUUGAUUGCCUGUGAGGUAUCUACCACUGACAACGUUCCAACUGAACGCUGGCCUCUACCCCUCUCUGUCGCGAGAUUUGCCCGAAACCACACCGUGGGUUUCAGUUACAAUUAGGUUCAUUUUAUCAUCUGAUUCCAGGUUUCACCCUGAAUUACUGCUUUAAUCGGCCAUAUGAACCG